AUGUCUGUUGAAAGUAACAGAUUAAAUACUAAUACCUUUGAUCCAGAAGUCCUACUCCCUGAAGAAUUUACCAUUAGGCCUUGCAUUCUUGAAGUUCAAGAGGAACCUGACGAACUAAUAGAGAGAAUAUAUGGACCAUUCAACAUACCCUAUAAUGGCUUACACAGACACACUAUAAAAAAACCAUUGACUUAUCUAGAAAGAAGACAGCUUGAAAUACUGGAAUUAAAGAAAAGUAUACAGGAACGGGAAAAGUUAUAUAAUCAGUUAAACAUGUUAAAAAAGGAGCCAGAGAGGCCGGCUUCAGCACCACUACCAGAGACAAGCACAACACCCAUAAGCAGUCCAUCUUCACAAGCUGCAAUCACAGAGGCAGUGAUACCUAUAGCUGACAUAUCACCAGAAAUAACAGAAAUAACGCAAGUAUCAGAAGCAGUAGAAGAAGCAGAGGCAGUAGAAGAAAUAGAAGCAGUAAUAGGGAGAAUGGGAGAUACAGUGCCUGUUGUAGAGGAAACAUUCAAUGCGUCACAUGAAUCUGUGAAUGAUCAAGCCACGCAGUUGACGACAACACUAAGUGAUAAAGAUGUAGAAUCAGAUGAAAGCAUAAAUAUCCCGUCAGAAACUAUAGGCGAACAACAAGAACAACAAGAACAACAAGAACAACAAGGAGAAGAAGAAGAUGAGGAACCAUCUCAGCCAUUAAUUGAUCCUAAAGUCAUAUCUAACCUUCGAGAAAAGUUAACAGAACUAGAUGCUCAUAUCAGGACAAAAGAAGGGUUCAUUAAAGAAAACGAGGAAAACAUAAAGAGUAUUCGAGUGAAGUUACUGGCACUUAAAGUGAAGAUAUCCAUUGAACGUAAUAGACGAGAAUCCAAGAAACCAAAAGAAAAGCCAAGAGAAGAAGAGCGUCUGACAAGGCCAGCAGAAAGAGUUGAAUUUAUUAUGGGACAAAAACGGAAAGGAAAGUAUUAUUCAGAAGGAGACCGACGUAUGAAACGAAGAGCGACGUCAGCCAGCAGUUCGAUGGGAUACCCGUUCAUAAUACCGACAUUUCAUCAUCAACUUCCUUAUAUGCAUCAGUACCCAGUGGCUGUUCCGCUUCCACUCUACUACCGCCCGAAUUCGUUUACACCUCCUCCUCCUCCUCCUGUCUCGCCGCCACCACCACCUUCUCCCCCUCCUCCUCCACCCCCGAGUCAUGAUGAUAUGCGAGAGCUGAUACCUAGAGAGGCAGAAGCGAGUAUAUCCAUGCCAGAUAGUGCUUCGGUCAGCAACUUCUUACAGGAAAUACAACAACUCAUCUCAUUUCGUCUAUCUAACCUUCCAGAACAAUCACAACAAAAAACGCAUCUAUCAAGCACAUCACUACGUACGCCAAGUCUUGUGACGAUUGAUGGAUACACAAUGACGAAGGACAUGCUUCUUGUUGAUGAGGAGCGCAGGCAUCGUGUCGGGCUCGACGAAUUCAUCAAUAUACCACUUAAUAACGAGAGUCCAUUUUUUGCGAUGCUCAGCAGAAAAGCAGUGGGGCAAACAUUUGAUGACAACAUAGAACAAUUUGCAACCAAAUUGAUCUCAUGCAUUCCCUCUGACGCAAACUUGAAUAUUUUCCAACCAGAUAACCAAAUCUGCUUCCCGAUGAAGCUACUGGAAGCACUCGAGUUUGUCAGAGAAGAGUCCAAGCGAGAACCAGACAAUGAAUUGAUGGCGGCACUGAGGGUAGAGUUAUCUUUGUUUGUGAAUGGGCAAGACAGUGACAAGACAAGAGAGGAUUAUGAACAAAUUCUGGUAGAGUUGCCGUUGUGUGUGGAUGUACACUGGCAGUACAUCAAGUCCAGCCCUGCGUUUGAAGAGAAAAUGGAUGAGAUUCUGGAUAAAAUACGAUCGACCCGUAGUCAUCUUGGAGUGAAUACAAAAGAGAGUAUAAAAGUAUCCAAUCUGACACUAGAGUUAUUGACUCGACUACUCAAGCGAGGAAACUUGAAGCAGGUGCUACAGUAUACUGGUUGUAUAGAAGAGAUUGAAACAAGGCAUAUACAGCUCAUCAACCUGGAAGAGAUCCAUAGCAAAGUUUACUUGACAGAAAAGGAUAAGUAUUUAAUAUGGAACUACAUCCUUUAUUACUUUAUGACCAACAGCCUACCGAACAGCAAGAAUGACGAAUGGAUGAACAGCCUAGUUCAUAGCGGAAAGGCGACGACAGACAAGAAGUUGUUUAUGAUUGAAUGCCAAGAACCGAUUACGGAUAAGCAUGUACAGAUUGGAUGUGUUAAUGUCAUUUUGUCAAUGCUAAGACACUUUGGCAACAAGGCCUGCCAAGAUAUCAGUAGAAGACCUCUCUUGAUUGCCACAUUGAGAACGUUGUUUAAAUUUCUAUCAGUAUCAUCAAGCUACAAGACAGCUGGCACAUUAAUCUUGGCAAGAAAGGCUAAUGAACUAAAGAGCCUACAACCAGAGAUACAAGAAAUCAUGAUCGAACUUGAGCUAUUGACCCAUCAGUCAGCCAUGAGCUAUCGACAGACCAUCAAGCAGUCCAAUCGUCAGUUUAUUCUCGCUCACCAGAUUGCUUCAAGACUGGAUAAAUCGGAGAUAGAAACUAUUUCACUCCUGCUGGGAUCCUGUGUUGGCAUAGACCAAAGAAAAGAAAAUGAAGAGCUAAUCAUACUCGUAGAUAGAAUAAGACAAUCUUAUUUAUCUUUAUUAGGUUUAGAUACUUUAUUAUCCAAGCGACGUGAAAGUGAAAAGAUGAAGCAUUCUACGUUUGCUUGGAUUAAUGUGCUUAUUCUAUUGCAAAUCAGUAAGGUUCUGUAUAUGAAAAAGAAUAAUACGACUGCCAUGAACACAAUACUAUUAAAUCAACUUGAUUUAAUAUUAACUGGAGCAAGAAACCAUAUUCAAUCAAAGGAAGGAAUAUCUUUUAUUGAAGAAUACGUUGACUGUUUAAGAGCAGCUGAAUAA